CGUACUCGUCUUUGCUUUGAUCUACUUCCACCGCGGCUUGUCUGGUCGUGCCAUCAAUAACUCAUUGUCUCGGAGUUAAUGGAAACGUGUGACUUCAGCGUCGUGAAAAGAAACGGGUUCGCGCCAGAUUGUUUCGCUGCCGUCGAUGAGGUAACGCCUCCCGAAACCACUGUGGAACGCCCAUUUUUCAAAAUCUCAAGAUGAGUCGUGAUUGGCUGAUCAACAGCACGUGACCAACGGUCGCGGGAAGUCCUUUACCACGCGCGUGAUAGGAAGAGGACAUAUCUCGAGUCAUUCAAACUUUUCGUAAACAUUAGUGUGGUUUUAUUGCGGUAAGAAGUUUUUGUGUGUUGGCGAGCCACGCCGGAGUAAGCGACGGAUACCGACGCCCGACGGGACGGAGUGCGUUUAAUAUAGUUUUUUUGUUAUUUAAGACCAACUGCGGACUUUGUUCUGACGGAGACUACGAGGCAGUCCGUGGCCAUUUCUCGGCGUUGGAUGGGCGUGUAGGAGUCAGCAAACAAGUUAACAUUUUUUGUGAUGCUAACGGAGAUUUGAGCUCUUAACUGUAACUCUAGCACACUUUUGAAUCGAUACCUUUACAUUAAGGUAAUUUGGAACCGGUCACUUUUGCCAGAAAAGCCACUUCAAACGUAGAGGAGAUCCAACCGCGUGUUUUUCCCCCCGUCGACCAGGCCGGGGUUUAAAUCCUGAAGAUGUCGAGCUACGGCCGCCAUAGACACGGAUCGCCUUCUCCAAAAUCUCUACCAAUUCGUCAGAAACUACAGUUCGGAUCCAGCGAUGGGGAGGACGACCCCAUUGAGGACGUUAACAACAGCACAGGGGGAGAGUCUGGCUUCACGGAAUUGGAUUCACCGAUGCCGCUGCGACGGGACGCCGUCGGUAAACGGCUGGAGGGCAGCAGCAGCCCCCUGAACCAGUCCGGCGGGGACGACGACGUGGAGCUGUGGGGGGACGAGGAAGGGUUUGGCUCUCCGUCCCACCUGCGGUCACCGAGCAGCGCUCUCUUUGCCAACUGCUCCCCGUCCCCGAGGAAGAGCCCCCGGCUCUACGGAGGGUCGCCGGACCGGUCAUUCGUCCAGGACGACGGGGAAGGAUCCAGCUCCCCGAUACCAGACUGUCCAGACACACCUCCGCACAAGACCUUCAGAAAGCUGCGACUUUUUGACACGCCACACACGCCAAAGAGUUUGCUGUCCAGAGCCAGAGACUCUGGCUCAGGAUCCUCCAGCAGGAGAGUUGCCCUGUUCAAGAAUGCAGAGGGUUCGGGAAAGUCCAUCGUAAACAGCAACAGGAGGCAGCAGACCCCGCUGGUCAACUUUAACCCCUUCACCCCGGACUCCCUCCUCAUCCAGUCUGCCACACAGCAGAGAAACAACAGGAAGCGGACCCACUGGAAUGACUCUUGUGGAGAAGACAUGGAGGCCAGUGACGGUGAAGGAGAGGAGGAAGUCCUCCCACCAUCGAAGAGGGUCACCAUGAUGGAAAGCAACAUGAUGUCUCGCUAUACCUCAGAGUUCCUCGAGCUGGAGAAAAUAGGCUGUGGGGAGUUUGGUGCUGUGUUCAAGUGUGUGAAAAGACUUGAUGGUUGCAUCUAUGCCAUCAAGAGAUCAAAGAAGCCCCUGGCAGGAUCAGUAGAUGAGCAAAAUGCCUUACGGGAAGUGUAUGCACACGCGGUGCUGGGCCAGCAUCCCCACGUGGUGCGUUACUACUCAGCCUGGGCCGAGGACGACCACAUGCUCAUCCAGAACGAGUACUGCAACGGCGGGACGCUAUCCGACGUCAUCACUGAGAACUACAGACGAUUUAGCUUCCUGUCAGAGCUAGAGCUGAAAGAUCUGUUGCUGCAAGUCACACGAGGACUUAAGUACAUCCACUCAACCUCUCUGGUGCACAUGGAUAUCAAGCCCAGCAAUAUUUUCAUUUCACGGAAAGCUGUAGCAAGCUGCGACGAAUGUGACGACGAUGAUGGACUCACAACUAGCGUGAUCUACAAAAUUGGUGAUCUUGGACAUGUGACGAGGGUGAACAAUCCACAGGUAGAGGAGGGCGACAGCAGAUACUUGGCCAAUGAAAUUUUACAAGAGGACUACAGCAAUUUGACAAAGGCAGAUAUCUUUGCUCUGGCCUUGACUGUCGUGAGUGCCUCAGGGGCUGAUCCUCUCCCUACCAACGGAGAUAAAUGGCACGAGAUAAGACAGGGCAAACUCCCCGCCAUCCCUCAAGUGCUUUCUUCAGAGUUUCUCAGUCUUCUCAAGCUGAUGAUCCAUCCUGACCCAACCAGACGACCAUCAACCUCUGACCUCAUCAAACACCCGGUGCUUCUGACUGCCGCCAGAAUGAGCGCAGACCAGCUCAGAGUUGAGCUCAAUGCAGAGAAGUUCAAGAAUGCCCUUCUUCAAAAGGAACUAAAGAAAGCCCAGCAGGCCAGAGCAGCAGCAGAAGAGAAGGUUUUAUCCACAGACAGGAUCUUGACUCGCUCCACAGUUCAGUACAAUCCCAGAACCACCAGGCUCAUUGGAAAGAAGAUGAAUCGGUCGGUCAGCCUCACGAUCUACUGAGACUUUACCCCUGACAGGAAAUGAAACACGAAGGCUAAUGGACCUUUUGAUCAAACUUGUUGAGUUGAAAUGGUGUUUUGUCUUUCUUUCGGAGAGCCCUGUCAGUCGUGGUAUUGGGCUGUUUGCCCAGUCAAAGCUGUAGAUUGUUGCCAUGCCGAACUGGAAUUCAUUGACUCCUAUUGCCAAUAUAGUUCAUCCCUUUACUGAGGGGUGUUUUCUUUGGAAUAUGAAACUGUCAUUCCUCAAAGGUAGUUUGCUUUACCUUUUACACUCAGUCAUUCCUUAAGUUUGCAUAGACAUCAGGCUCUCUCUCAGUUUCUGUCCUUGCACUUCUCUUGACAAAGCCGAAGCCUGGUGGCAGAGGAUCAAAGCCACAGUGAAGCUCUCUUCAGUGUGAAUGUACUUGCCGUAGCCGUAUGCACCUUACUGCCUGUCAAAUGCCUGAUGCUGGAUACAAGAUGGUCGGAAAACUGACCAUGUCUGUGUUUGUAAUGGAGCACUUUGGAGGCACCACGUGGAACUUGCCACAUUGUCUAACAAGAAAAAGAAAGAAAGAAACCUGCUGCUGUUGAUGUUUUGUGUAUCAGGGUUUGGCCAGUUGUAGGUUGGGUUGUUCUGGAGGUCAUUGGCUCUUAUUCUCAAUUAGCAGGAGGCCAUUCCCCGUUUAAUAUCCCUUCUAGUUUUCUGGUCUGAUGGAAAAUGUAUCAUGCCAAAUGCCAAAACUAUGAGUAAACUCAUUAUCUGUGAGGUUAGAAUUGGUCCAGUAUUGAUCUUUCCUGUUGAUCAGUGGUGCCAACCCUGCCUGUAGCAUUAGAACAAUCAUUGUCUUGUUUGGGUUCACAUUUUUUUUCUUUUUUUUUUCUUUUUCUUUUUUAGGGCCGUCUCAUAGUACUGUUCAUUGUUCUUGUAACUCUUAACACACAAAUGUGUAACAUGUACAUAUGUUCUUUUAAUAAAUUCUCAUUAUCCACACUUCCA